UAUCAAGCUGGCAGCACUGUACUUGUCAAACAACGAGUUUUCUCCACGUAAUUCUGGCGUGCGGGGCUAUCAAGAAAAUAUUAUAUUUAUUGAAUUAACGACGUGUUUCCGGCAAUGUUCGCAUUUUAAAGUAUUCAGGGGUGCUUGUCACAAAUUUAUAAGUGUGCUGUGCAGUAAAUCCGCCAGAAUGAAGACUCUCGGGGCUCUUCUGGUGUUUUCGCUGGCGUUCGCCGGCUCUUUGGCCGUGGACAGGAACAAUUUUAAGACGUGCGAGCAAUCAGGUUUCUGCAAACGUUUGCGGUCUUUGAAGCCGGAGAAGUCUCAGUAUUCGCUGAACUUGGACACCGUUAUAGUGCACGGAAAUGUGCUCACUGCGGAAGUCAAUACGGUGGACACGGAAACUGAAAAGAGGAUUAUACUGUGGAACUACGCCCUCAAACUGACGGCGCUAGUGGACGGGACCUUCAGGGUGGAGUUGGAUGAAGCAGACCCGCUGUACCCGCGCUACAGGACUCAGUUCUCUUUGGACGGCGAGCCUAAAGGCGACAGCUUGAAACUGGUGUCCAGCGCGAAAGGUGUGGUGACGGUGGUCAACGGGCAAGGCCAUAAGGUUCUAAUCACGGCAGAACCCUUCAAGUUGGAGUUCCUUGAUCAGGCCGGCGAUGUGGCAGUGGUGGUGAACGGCAACGCUCAGCUGGUGGUGGAGCCGCUCAAGGUCAAAGAGGAGGGUGGUGACGAAGACGACAGUUCACGAGGCGAAAACUUCAAAUCACACCACGACAGCAAACCGCGAGGCAACGAGGCAGUUUCACUCGAUGUCACCUUCCCCGAGGCCGAUCAUGUCUAUGGUAUCCCCGAGCACACGGACAAUUUCGCCCUCCGCACAACUAGCGGCGGCGAGCCGUACCGCCUCUAUAAUCUGGACGUGUUCGAGUUUGAACUCGACAGCCGCAUGGCGCUGUAUGGCGCCAUCCCCGUCAUGUAUGCGCAUGGCUCCAAGCGCACCACUGGCGUCUUCUGGCACAACUCCGCCGAAACGUGGGUGGACGUGGUCAACCACGCUGAGGGCACUGUCGUCUCUUCACUGGUCAAUCUGGUCACCGGUGGGCAGAAGAAACAAGUCGAUGCUAGAUUCAUGAGCGAGUCCGGUAUCGUGGACGUAUUCGUCAUGCUCGGCAACCGCCCUAAGGAUGUGUUCAGGCAGUACACGCGGCUCACCGGUGUAAUGCCUUUGCCACCCAAAUUCUCCAUCGCGUACCACCAAUGCCGCUGGAACUACGUGGACGAGAAUGACGUGCGCCAGGUGGACGACAACUUUGACGUGCACGACAUGCCCGUUGACGCCAUCUGGCUCGACAUCGAGUACACAGACAGAAAGAUGUACUUCACAUGGGACGCCGAAAAGUUCCCCCAUCCGGCCGACAUGGUCGCCAACUUGACCGCCAAGGGUCGGAGGCUGAUCGCCAUCAUCGACCCCCACAUCAAGAGGGAACCCGGAUACUUCCUACACGAAGACGCUACCGAGAACGGGUACUAUGUGAAAGAUAAGGACGGGAAAGAUUAUGAAGGCUGGUGCUGGCCCGGCUCCUCAUCCUACCUGGACUUCUUCGACCCUCGCGUCAGCAAGUACUACUCCGAGCGCUACCAGUUCAAGAACUUCCCCGGAUCCAGCAAAGACGUCCACAUCUGGAACGACAUGAACGAGCCCAGCGUAUUCAACGGUCCUGAGAUCACUAUGCCCAAGGAUUGCCGCCAUCACAAGCCUCCCCAGGACGGCCACGAUGGACUCGCCUCCUAUUGGGAACACAGACACGUUCACAAUGAAUACGGUCUAGCACACAUCAAAGGCACUCACCAGGGCAUGUUGGACCGCGCCGACGGCAAAUUCCGGCCGUUCAUCCUCACGCGUUCCGCGUUCGCCGGCACUCAGAGAUACGCAGCCGUAUGGACAGGCGACAACAUGGCAGAAUGGGGUUUCCUGGCCGUCUCUAUUCCCCAGUGCAUCUCCAUGUCCGUCGCCGGCAUCAGCUUCUGCGGUUCAGACGUCGGUGGAUUCUUCAAAUAUCCUGAAGCCGAGCUGAUGACGAGGUGGUACCAGGCGGGUGCCUUCCAGCCGUUCUUCCGCGCUCACUCCCACAUCGAGACCAAACGCCGCGAGCCGUGGCUGUACGAGCCCGCCACCGCCGCGCUCAUCCGAGACGCCCUGCGCAGGAGAUACGCGCUCAUCGACUAUUGGUACACUUUGUUCUACGAGCACUCCGUGGACGGGCUGCCCAUCAUGAGACCGACCUUCCACGAUUACCCUGAAGAAGAGGAGACCUUCGACAUCCAAGACCAGUAUUUACUCGGCGAUGAGUUCCUAGUCCGGCCCGUGACGGAGCCCGGCGUCACCAGCGUGAAGGUGUACCUGCCCGGGAAGGCAACCCGCACCCUCUGGUACGACGUCGACUCCUACCACGCGCACGCAGCCAACGGAUACUUCACGCAGGACGUCAACAUUGCUAAGAUCCCGGUGUACCAGCGCGGGGGCAGCAUCGUGCCGCGCAAGGAGCGCGUGCGCCGCUCGUCCGCGCUCAUGGCCGCCGACCCUUACACUAUCGUCGUCGCUUUAGAUGCCAACAACACCGCUCACGGCUCGCUGUACAUCGACGACGGCGAGACAUACGAGUUCAGGAACAACAAAUACAUCUACGCGCACAUCGACUACGAACCCAGCGGGAUCACUUACUCUUUCGUCGACUCUGCCAGCUACCCCACCCGCUCGUGGGUAGAGCGCAUAGUCAUCGCCGGCAUCAAAUCCCCGCCCAAGACCGCCAAGCUCCUACAAGGCGACAAGCAGCUCGCCCUACAGAUGACUCUACAUAAAGGCAACGAUGUUCUAGUUGUGAGAAAACCGGCCGCCAGCAUGGCGCAGCCUUGGAAGAUUGUGUUCAGUUAUUAAGACAUUUUGGAAGUUAUUUAAUGUUUGACACCAUUUUACUGGUACCUACUUACCUAACGUCACUGACAGGUUCAUUAGAAACUGUCAGAAUAGAAUAUUAAUUGUAAUUCUGUUCCCAAAAAUUAGCAAAUGGCUACCAUUUUGGUACAGGCCAAAGCAUGGCCCGCCCCCAUGCUUUGGCCUGUACUGUAAGGUAUAUGAAUAGAAAUCAAAAGUCAGGAGGCCAAUCCAACUACCAUUUUAAUAUCAAAAUGAUGUAAUCUUUGAUAUUAUUCGCGCGUACAUUUCGCUGGUUAGUAUCCGUAAAUGUAUUAUAAAAGGACAUCAAAAUGUCAGUUCGAAUUAGGGUCGGUUGCACCAAACUGUUCGUAUCGUUAAAGAGUUCGCUAAAUUUUUAUGUAUGGAAUGUUUAAUAGUAAAGCGCCUGGGCGCGUCGGCUUACGUUGAUCAGUCUGUCAAAUGUGGUUGGUGCAACUGGGCCUUAGACUGUAAGCUGAAGUGUACUUUCGGGGACAGAAGAGUCAACUUUUUAGCGUGUCUUUGAUCCUGAUAAGGUAAAAUAUAGUGACUUCAAAACUGACCGUUGGGGGAAUGGUCGGACAGACAGACAGACGCACGAGCUAUAUGGGUUCUGUUUUUUCCUUUUGAGGUACGGAACCCUAAAAACAUCAGGUUGAUUUGAGUUUUAGUUACCUCCUUGCUAAGAAUAAAAAAAGCUCUCUGAAAUCGUGUUAUGGCCCCAAAUCAAGCGCACUCCAGUGAUAACUCUUGUAUUACCAGUAUUUUUUUUUGUUUAUUAUAAAUUAGGCAAUUCGCUAAAGAACGCAAAACGCCAUUGUCAAGGCAAAUUGAACCUUGCGUUAUUUUGAUACAUACAAGUCGCAUUGGCGAUCAAAGAGAUAUAUAAAAGUCUUGUGAUUUACUAACUUUAUGUGGUUUUUAUAUGUAAUUAGAUCAAUAUAGAUACUCCUUAUUUAAAUUGUGUACGUACGCUAUGUUUUAUAAUAUAUGUACAUGUUGUUUUCAUCACAUAACAUAAUGUAGAAUGAGACAUAAAUAGUAGAAAUUAAAUAAAAUGGAACUAAUAAUUUUCCAUACUAAAUUGUUGCCAUGUUUAAGCAUUUUACGUCAAAAAUGUGACAUUUACGUAGGAAGUGGCGCCCUCAAUAAUUUUCUACAAAUUCUUGUCGGACUAUAUGUCUGUAUAAACUUUUUACAUUUAACUAUUGCGUGAAUAUUUCAAAAGUAAACUUUAAUUUUAAGUUAAUAAAGGCGUUAAUCGUUCAAUGGCGUAUUUUUUUUUGUUUAUCAUGUAAUAAAGUAUAAAGGUACCUACAAACGACCUUUGGAAAGUUACCGUGAUAGUAAAAUGGAAUAAGUAUAUAUUAUAUCCAAUCAUUUACAAAUAAUUUCUACAUUAUUACUAUAGUUCGUUAUUUUUUAGCAUUAGAAAAAAGGUAAACAAUAUUGACGUGUAUUUUUAUUGAAAACCACUUUUGAAAAAUAAGUCACGGCAAAUAUGUAACAAUUAUGAAUCAAAUACGAUUAUUUACAUUCUUUUGCUUUCAUAAGUAAUAGUUACUGAUUUUUAAAAAGUGUUUUUCAAUUAAAAGACACGUCAAGAUCGCGUAGUCUUUUUCUAAUGCUAAAAAAACGAUUUCAUUCGUAAUGGUAUGAAAAUAAGCAUCUACCCACGGAUUCUUAUUUCCCAAAAUGGUAAUGAGUGUAAUCAGUGUAAAUAGUGUAAUGGCAGAGAUAAAGGAAUACAAAGAGGCGUAAACUAGUGCUAAAUAUAAUGCAGUAACAAAUUUUGCGGCUAUGAUUUGGUACCAUUUUGUGGUAACAACAGCCUGUUCUGUUUUUAUUUUCCAGAUUACAAAAUUACAGUUAAAUUGGCUAAUUUACUUUCCAAUUAUCUUCUUUUAUGUACGUUUUGUACUAAAAUUAUUGACUGUCAUUUGUACCUGGGAUGUAAAGACAAAGUUUAGUUACCGCGUUACUUUACGCGUCUUAGUAUUAUCUUGUCUAUGGCUUUACCUACAAAUUAUAGUGCCCCAAAUAGUAUUCGAGAUGCGCGAGUCACAUACAAAUACUGUGAAGAGUAAGGGUUUAUCAUGUUUUGUGAUAAUGAAGACGUUUUUUUGAAUAUGCAACCCUUUUAUUUCUCCUUUAUAUAUCUAUGUAAUAUAUACAUUUUAAGGUGGAUCAUUUAUUUACAUAGUAACGAUAUCAAAUCGCUAAUGGUAUUUACUCAGCUGUUCUUAUUUUAAGGGCUUCUUUUAAGAGCCCAUCAACGUGUACACUAGCGCCACUGCUAAAUAAUCGUGAUUAUUUAAAUUUAACGAUAGGUAUUUAAAAAUGGGGGCUGCUACGUAAUGUAUUUUGUAUGUAAGU